ACCCUCGGAGAGAAAAAAAACUCGCGGGAAGUUGACGGUCGACAGGUUGGUGGGAAAAUGUUAGCAAAUAAUAUGACACAUGUCAGUUCCUCGCAUCGAAAUCCAACUUGUCCAAAGUGCAAUGGGUUUUAUGUUACAAAAGAACACGACCGGCAGCACAGAAAUCCUCUGAUACUGGAUUGUGGUCACACGUUCUGUGAAGGAUGUCUCGUUAAAAUGACCCGAGAAACGAAGACCAGUGUAGAAUGUCCAGACUGCAAGAGAGUCACCCAUUUACCACAAGGAGAGGCGAGUGUGAGGAAUCUCUGGCCAGAUGUGUAUAUAACUGGAUGGAUUCUUUGUCAACAGAGGAUGCUUCUCAAUCAAGAGUUGGAGAAGCUUACCCCGGCGGGAAUGGUUCAGAGUACGGGCAUCAGAAACCCUUCUGAAGGAGAAAAAAUGUGCAGAGAGUGUUUCCGCAGACUAGCAGUAUGCAAGUGUGACAAAUGUGAUGUCAUCAUGUGUCAUGGGUGUUUCGUGAAGGUCCAUUCGAAGUCCAAUACUUUAAAACAGCACCAAGCACUCCCCAUGACGAUGGAUGAGAGUCUUCAGUUGACCCAGGACUGCGCGUUACACGAAGGUCGAGAGUUGGAGUAUUACUGUGAAGAUGACAGGACCCCUAUCUGUUCAAAGUGUGUAAUUGUUGGAGACCACAAAGGCCAUGUGAUCACUUCAAUGGAAGAAAAGAACAAAACUGUUUUCACAGAAAUGGAGCCAGCCUUGCAUCUUGCGAACAAAGUUGUGCGCAAAUUGAUCAAAGUAGACAAGAGUUUGACAGACUUCUUCCCGGAUUCUAAAACGGAAACAGCAACUGUGAUAACCGAGAUCAGGGAACACUUCCAAGGACUGCACGGACUUUUACAAGCCAGGGAGAAGCAGCUGAUAGAAGAAGUUCAUGCUGCUUACAAAGAAGGCAUAGAACCACUGGAAAGUCUGAAACAGCAAAUGCAAGGAGAGAGGAUGAAGCUGGAGAUAGCAAUUCGAGCUGCCCAGCGAGUUUUGAACAAUAAUAAUGAAGUCACGCUAAAUGCCAGGCAAAUUCUGGACCGCCUGAAUCAAGCGAAGGAGAUACCAUGCAUAGUGUUACCGAGGGACACAGAGACCACCAACAAAAUCAGCUUUAUUCGAGACGGUUCAUUUCCAACUUCCAUUCUCAGUCAUGGAGAAGUGCAGGGGAAAAGCCAAGUCAGAGCUACUUGGCACACCCUGUCAGAGAUGCCAGCCGAGAUCAUGAAUGAUGAUGAUGAUGGUUUAGAAGGACAAACUCCAACAGACACUAUCAGUAUAGUAUCUACGCCGUACUCUCAGGAAUCCGAAGAUGUUGUCAUAGAAGGGGAGUUGUACUUUGCAGAUGAGGAGGAAUGCUCCGUUGCUGGAGGGGUUGAGUUUGUGCAGAAGUCAUCAGAUCUCGCGGGCUCUUAUCAACACACUGGACAACAGCCAUCAGUGCCCAGAUGUAGGAUUAGAGGAAAAAAUGAAUUUGUUACGGUGACUCACAUUGUCAAUCCAUGUAAAUUCAUGGUUCAGCUCAAGGAAGAUCAGGCAACCCUAAGAAAACUGUCCAGACAGAUAAACUCGUGGGCUAAUACAAGCCGAGCAAAGGAGAUCCCCACAGAGGUUAAACCGGGUGACUUAGUGAUAGUGAAGUACACUCGCGAUGAAGACUGGUACCGCGGCCGUGUAAAGCAAGUCCUCGGAAAGGGCAACGUAAACAAAAUGGAGCUAGAAGUGCUGUACAUUGACUACGGAAACUCAGAAGUUGUUGGACUGGAGAGGGUGAGAAAUAUGCAGACCCGAUUCCAGAACCAUCCAGAGUUUAUGGUUGAGUGCAGCUUGUUUGAUAUCAUUCCACCAGAUACUGGAGGUUGGUCCAAGGCAGCCACCCAGCAGUUUUGUAAGAUGACGGACAACAAGACUCUGUACAUGACGGUGAUUCGGGAAGUCAACAACGUUCUGCACGUGGACCUCAGUAAGCCCGCAAUCGAGUCGACCAAAAACGAGGUCCCCAUAUCUAUACGAGACGCCCUGGUUUUCCUAGAGCUUGCUCAGUUUGUCACACCGGAGUCUGGAAAUAUCACAGGAAAACCAGCAGUAAUUCGACAGUACAUAAAACCAGAGCCUCACUAUGAGGGGGAGGUCUUCAAUGUGAUUGUAACCAGUGUUACUGAUCCACACCAUUUCUACAUACAGGAGUGCAUGUUUCCUGGGAAGAUCGGUGACGUGUCCACCUACUUUGCUGAAAUGAUGAAUAAGAUGCAGAAAGUGUAUAAAAAACAAAACUCCAUGGAUCUUUGGACCAUAUACUGCCCAAAGAAAGACAUGGUAUGCAGCUGUCAGUAUUCCUCCGACAACAUGUUUUACCGUGCCAUCAUCACCAACCUCCCCGGUCGUAAACAGGUGGACGUAGUCUACGUAGACUUCGGUAACCGAGAGCGCGUCCACUACAGUCGCCUCCGAGUCCUGUUAGAUGAGUUCCUCAUCCUUCCCGCACAGGCAGUGAAGUGCAAGCUUGUUGAUGUGGCACCAAAAGAUUCCAGCAAAACUUGGAGUGAAAAUGCCAAGCAAUGGUGGUCAGAGAAAGUGAAUUUGAGUAAAUUCACAGUGAAGAUUGCAGAAGUGACUGAAAACAAGGUUUACUCUGUUGUGCUGAUGAAAGAAUACAAUGAGGGUGGGCCCCAGAUCAGCAUGAACAGUAAGCUGGUCACUAAGGGUCACGCCAUCAGCACUGGAGACAGGUCACGGCCGUUCUCUGAGGAGCAGCUACAACAUAUGUCUGCUGGGUCGCAGGAGAGCUUGACCGACUCCUCCACCAGGAGUUCAUCACUGCUGUUGGGAAGGGAGAGUUCUUCUGUGUCUACUGAGUCUUUGUCAUCUGCUGUGUCCUUGACCCCAGGGACGUCUCCACGGAAACUACUUUCUCCAGCACCUGAUGGCAGCUUAUCAGAUUCAUCCUCUGGAGCCAAGAAAAAAUCCCGACUGACACCAAAUCAGAAAAAGAAAAGUAAACCCCAGAGCAGCAGUGAAGAGAAUCCCGAUGUGGAAGUCAAGAUAGGGCACUUCUUGGACCCUUCCUUCUUCUAUGUGUAUAUAGUGGACGAAACUUUAAACAAGUUAAUGGAGGACAUGGAAGAGGAGUAUUGUGAUUCGGAUCCUCAGUGGAUCAGCUGGGACGAGGAGACGUACUGCGCAGCACGCCGUCCAGAGGACAGGAAGUGGUACCGCGCCAGGAUAACAAAGAUCGUUCACAAGAAUCUGGUGGAGGUAUUUCUUGUGGAUUUUGGAUUCCAAGAAACAGUUCAGACAUCGGAGUUGCGGAGCUUGAGGAAGGACUUCUCUCAGAGUGCAGCCUUCUCGUUCCCCUGUCACCUGGCAGACGUGGUACCUGCUGGGGAUCAGAGCAACUGGUCCAGAACCGCCUGCGAGUUUAUGCUGGACGAAACCCGCAGCAAGAAACUGUACAUCAAGAAGAAGGGUGAGAAGGUGAAAAUGUCGAUGCCUGUAGAUUUAAUAUUGGAGACGGAUGUCCCAGAGAGUGCUCUAGAGCCUGCCAGGAAAUCAUACACCAGCUUGAUCGAGAUGAUGAAGGAUAGCGGUCUCGUCAUUCCAGCACCAGGAGCUUUAUCCGGGAAGAAAACUCCAGUGAAGGUCCAACUAAAGACCUACCCCAUCAAGUUCUACGACCCGCCCAUCCCCCCAAAUGAUAACUCGUUCAUCGGCAUUCCAGUUUAUGUCGACUUUAGUGCCAUUGUGUAUUUGCAGGAAGUCCAGCAAGAUGAAGAAUUCAAAGAGAUGAGUGAAGAAAUUCAGAUGCGGUUCAUCGACAGUGACCCUCACAAGUUUGAAGACAUGGAAUGGCAGCUAAAUCAGGCGUGUAUCGCAUUCUUUCAUUUGGACCAACAAUGGUACAGAGCCAAAAUUUUAUCACUGGAACCCCACUGUGUAAAGGUGAAGUUUGUGGACUUUGGGAACUGUGAGAGAGUGUCCUAUGACAAGAUCCGAGCUGAUGUGGAAGACUUCAUGUACCUCCCACCGCAAUGUUUCGAGUGUGUACUGCAUAAUACAAUCCCAAACACUGAGAGUGGCAAAUGGCCGAAGGGGACACUUGAUUAUUUGCAUAAAAUGUGUGUCACGAAGCCAUGUGUUAUUGAUGUUGUGGAGAGAGUGCCUGAAGAACCACUGAAGGUGAAGGUCAUGCUACCUGACCGCCAGGACUUGUCCAGUGUUUUGGAGAGGGAGGGACUAGUCAUCAAAGAAGACAGUCUGCUGGAACUGAUACUGAACAGUGAGGAGAUUGAAAAAGUCCUAAAGACAAAGAAUCCAUACAGAUGUGCCCCGAUGUUCUGUCUUGGUGAAUACUUCCAUGUCCUCAUCACUCACGUAGAAAUUCCCAAUGUGGUGUACUAUCAACACACUCGAUACAGUGGAGACGAAGCUGAUGAAAGAUCAGAUGAAAUAAACGAGCAGCUACAGAAACUAGAACAGAUGUGGGUGGAGCUUAAUGAGGCGGGACCUAUAUCUCCGCCCCUGCAGCGACCAAGGCCAGGGAUGAUGUGCUGUGCUCAGUACGGUUUUGACCACUGCUGGUACCGAGGUCUAGUCAUUACAUCCCCCGAUCACCAGAGUCAGGUCCUAGUCCUGUAUGUAGACUUUGGAACAUCUGAGGUGGUUAUGUUAGACAGGGUGAGGUCGCUACCCUCGGAGUUUCACAGCCUCCCCGCCCAGGCUCAGAGACUGGUUUUGUCUGGCAUCAGUCAUCCCCCCCAGGAUUCAUCAUGGAGUCGACAAGCACAGGAGGAGAUGCUGAGGGUCACUGGGGCAAAGGUCGUUCAGUGCUGCGUAAAGAGACUAGAUCCCUUACAGGGAGAGUUGUUUUCUACUGAGGGAGAUUGGACCAAUGCUCGACUUGUCUACCAACAACUGAUUGAUGAUGGUGUUCUACACUUCCAAGAAGAUUCAGAUUUGCAGGACGAGACUCUCUCUGGAACCUGUGCCAUAGAAUUGGAAGAAGUUGAGGAUUUAGGUGUGGUAGAGGAGGAAAAAGAAGAUAGCCUAUCAGAUGUUGAGAAAGCCCCGUCUGGCCUCGUUGUUGUUGAGGUGGAUAGGCUGGAGGGAGAGCAGACGACCGAGUAGACGCGGGAACGCAUCCAUUAUACAUACUCGUCAGACAUUUCGUCUCCUUGGAUACUGUGCGUGUACUUGAUUUAGCGGGAUUCAAAUUAAGAGCGCUAAUUCAUACUUACACUAAAAUAUAAAAUUCUCUAUUUAUCCAUUCUCGUACACGGAAGAAGCGCUAAAUCGUGAUAUAACUAUAAAUAGUGCAUCAACCCCGACUGCACGAAAUUUUAAAUUCGCAUAAAUAAGUACAUGCACAGUGUUAUAGCGGGUAUUCGUAGUGUAUUGAAUAUCUGAACGAUAAGUUAAAAGAAUAAGUCAUUAUUCAUAAGAAUAAGUCAUCAUCACCAACAGAGAUUUAUGAUGAGAUGAAGUGUUUUGUUUACCAUUUAUCAAUUUUUCAUUAUUAUUUUUUUUCGGUUCACCUGAGUCUGAUUUCUCUCAUUACCUUGAAUAUGCUUCCGUUCAUAUUCAGUAACUGUUGAUGAUAAUUCACUGCAAGAUGUAGACACGAAUUCUUUCCUUCUUUAAAACACUCGCAGUUUUAUUAUGUUUUAUCAUAUAGAGAGCAUUAGUAACAAACCACGAGUAACUGGGACAGGACUGUUUAGUGUUGAAUUUAACUUAGAUUGCCAGUAGUUUGUUGGGGGGGGGGGAUGAUAAGAUGUACCCGUAUCUAUUUUCUUCCAAUGUGUAAAGGAAUACAGUUGUUGAAAUAUAAAUGACCUCAUUACAUUUUACUGCUGGAAAGAUAUUCCAUUUUAUUUGUGUAUUGUGAAGAUUUCAUUCCUUGAUCUCUGUAUAUAGUAAAACUGGAUAAAGUUA